AUGAGAACUACCUCACAUAGAUUUUGUGUAAUUCCAGAUAACCAAAGAAGCCACAGAAUGAAGCUCUGGAAUUCCACCUUGAGAAGUGGCUUCAUCUUAAUGGGCAUUCUGAAUGACAGUGGGUCUCCUGAACUGCUCUGUGCUACAAUUGCAGUCCUAUACAUGUUGGCCCUGACCAGCAAUGGCCUUCUGCUCCUGGCUAUCACAAUGGAUGGCCACCUCCACGUUCCCAUGUACUUUCUGCUCAGUCUGCUUUCUCUCAUGGACCUUCUGUUUGCAUCUACAGUUACUCCCAAAACACUUGUGGAUUAUCUGCGUGGGGAGAACACCAUCUCUUUUGGGGGCUGUGCUUUUCAGAUGUUCAUGGUCCUUACACUUGGUGGUGCAGAGGACCUUCUAUUGACCUUCAUGGCCUAUGACAGGUAUGUGGCCAUUUGCCAUCCUCUGCACUACAUGGUCCUCAUGAGGCUAAGGAUCUGCUGGCUCAUGGUAGCUACAUCCUGGAUCCUGGCAUCCCUGAAUGCUCUGAUACACACAUCAUACACUAUGCACUUCCCUUUCUGUCUUUCCCAGGAAGUCAGCCACCUGCUGUGCAAGAUCCCACCCCUGCUGAAGUUGGCCUGUGCUGAUACCUCAAGAUAUAAGCUUAUGGUAUAUGUGAUGGGUGUAACAUUUCUCAUGCCUCUGCUUGCUGCUGUUCUUGCCUCCUAUACAUUUGUCCUAGUUGCUGUCCUCCACAUGUCUUCAGGUGAGGGAAGGCAGAAAGCACUUGUCACAUGCCCUUCUCAUCUGACUGUGAUAGGAAUGUACUAUGGAGCUGCCAUGUUUAUGUACAUCCUGCCCAGUUUCUACCACAGUUCCCAACAGGACAACAUCCUGUCUGUAUUUUAUACUACCAUUACUCCAACCCUGAACCCUCUUAUCUAUAGUCUGAGAAACAAGGAGGUAAUGGGGGCCCUCCAUAGGGUACUGGGGAGAUGUAUCUUUGCCCAGAGACUAUAG